GAAUCACACAGAAACAGGACAGCCUGGAACACGCUGGCUGGAACCCUUUCCUACAAAAAAACGGCGAAACACUCCAAACUCUGGCUAUCGUCCUCUGACGCUGGGCACGAUGGACCUUCUGCACAGCUGGGGGGUUGAGCUGGCGGUUCAUCUGCAGAGCAGAUACAGCAAGCAUGAGGAGUUUUUCACGCUGGCGUCCACCGUGGCUGAUCUGCACACCACCUUCUUCUGCCUGUUCCCCAUCUGGUUUCACCUGCGCAGGGACACGGGGCUCAGGCUGAUCUGGGUGGCCGUCAUUGGGGACUGGCUCAACUUGGUGCUGAAAUGGGUUCUGUCUGGGGAAAGACCCUACUGGUGGGUUCAUGAGACCCACUUUUACAGAAAAGGAGAAGCUCCUCCACUGCUGCAGUUUCCCAUCACAUGUGAGACUGGUCCAGGAAGCCCCUCUGGACAUGCUAUGGGAGCCGCUUGUGUCUGGUACGUCAUGGUGACGGCAGUCCUCUCAAUCGCUGCAGAGAAACGAUGCCCUGCUUUACUAUACAGACUGUUGCAGAUGGGUUUAUGGGGGCUGUUCUUCCUGGUGGAGCUGGUGGUUUGCAUGUCCAGGGUCUUCAUGGCGGCCCACUUCCCACAUCAGGUCAUUGCAGGAGUCAUUACAGGCAUUCUUGUAGCUGAGGUUGUCUCCAAGAGCAAAUGGAUCUACAAGGCCAGCAUGAACCAGUACUUCCUCAUCACCUUCUGCCUGACCUCCUUUGCGAUCGGUUUCUACCUUCUGCUCAAAACUCUGGGAGUGGAUCUCCUCUGGACUCUGGACAAAGCCCAAAAAUGGUGCAUCAAGCCAGAAUGGAUUCACCUGGACUCCACGCCGUUUGCCAGUCUUCUGCGGAACAUGGGCAGCCUGUUCGGUCUCGGCUUGGGCAUGCACUCCCCCAUCUACAAUGGCGUCAAGAAGAAAAGCGCCACCACUGCUUUGAAGAUAGGUUCUAUUACCAUCUCUUUGUUCCUGCUUCAGCUGUUGAACGAGUGGACAUUUUCCUCCGAGAACCACCUUAUUUUCUACAUUCUUUCUUUCUGUAAGAGUGCUUUUGCGCUUUUAAUCCCAACCGCUGUGGUUCCCUGGGUUCUCUGCAGGGUUUUCAUGGGAAAGACAGAUGGGAAAAACUUGUAAAAACAUAGCUGUGGGUUAGCUACUAGAAAUAGUCAAAUUUUCUAAUUUUUAUUGAACUUUUUUUUUUUUUUUUACAUAUUUUGAUGUGGGUCAGUCACUGAUGUUUUUGUAAAUUGUCUGCAUAAUACAGUCAUCAUGUUAUCAUAUUGGCUUAAAUGUGAAGCAGCGAUUAGCCUGAAUCUGUCAGACCUGUAAAGCUAAAUAUUUAGAAUUAUAUGUAAAUAAAAGAGUUUAUAAUAAUUUGGUUUAGAUAUUAUCAGAAGCACAAAUGUUUUCCGUAGUCACAGUAAACCUUUGCAUCAAAAGUUUUGUAAUUAGCAUUUUACAGCUAGCUCUGUUGUAAAUCUUUUUAAAAACAACUAACAAGUUUUUUUUUCAGUUUAAUAUGCAAUUCUUACAGUGGGGGUGUCCAAACUUUUGUGCCGAGAGGCUGAUUUGGUGAAAAUGUUGUGGCUAGCAUCUUGUGAACUAUUUUAAUAACAGUAAAAGACAACAGACUGUUUAAUGAACACUUUAUUGCAAUGGGAUUCCUUUGUGUUUUCUACAAAGAAAACCAAUACAUUUUCACCCAAAUGAAUGUAAACUGUUUAGCAUCGUUCAUUCGCGGUUAGCUUAUCGUAGCUAGCAUGUCUCGUCUGCCUCUUGGCGUUGAAAAUAGCUGUAGUCUCUUGGCAUAUUAGGCAGUUUUAUCCAUCAUUCAUUGAAAUAAUAAGCACAUUUUCACUUGU